AUUUAUGAGAGCAAAGGAUAGAGGAUAGACUAUAGAGAGCAACAUAGGAAAGUGAAUGUUAGUGAGAGGCAUGAAGGGUUAUGAGCCCCGUUCAAGCUCUUCAUGUGCAGCUUGCAAGUUAUUGAAGAGAAGAUGCAUACCAAAUUGUAUUUUUGCACCUUACUUUAGGUCUGAUGAGUGCAAGAAGUUUGCAAAGGUGCACAAGGUGUUUGGAGCAAGCAAUGUGAGCAAGAUUCUGAUUGAAGUGCCGGAAGAGCAGAGAGAGGACACAGUGAAUUCUCUUGCUUAUGAGGCUGAGGCAAGGCUGAGAGACCCGGUUUAUGGAUGCAUUGGUGCCAUAGCUCUGUUGCAAAGGAAGAUGGUGGAGCUUCAACAUGAUCUGGUCAUCGCAAAGGAUCGUCUCGCGCGUUGUCACGCUGCUGCUACUGCUGCUGCCACCACCACCACUACUAGUAUCCCUUCUCCUGAUAUCUUGCAUGCCAAUGUUAGCCUUCCCCCAUUCCCUGACUUUUACACUUCUUCAAGUGACUUCAAUGAUAUCUUCUGCCACAGUUCUUCGUCUCAAUUAUUGAGCCGACAUGAAACGGUGGAUGAUUUCAAUCAAAUCCCAUAUAUAUUUUAAAUGUUAUGAAUUAUGAAUGAUGUAUGCAUGUUUAUGGUCCCCUUUUGAAUGUAAUUGUUAUCAAUCAAAGAGCAGCUACGAUCUGUCGUAUGUGCUAAUGAAUAAUAAGAACUCCAGGAGAAUCAAUAGGUCUGAAUUGAAAACUCUCUCUCAACAUGAAUGUGUAUUAUUGAUUUUGUGUUGUUGUUGUUGUUGAAUUUCACGGUUCCUACUCUGCUAUAGCAGCUAGGAAGUAGGAACUGGUGGAAAAUGAUGGGUAUCUUGGCCUUUUUUUAGUUUCACUUUUGUAAUAGCAAAAUUUAGAAAUAGGAUUAUUUCGUUGUUGCU